UUUUUUUUGCGCCGAACGAGAUCUGAAGCUAAUUCGUUCACGAUUUUCGGUCUUAGAGAAUCGCAGAGGACCAGGACGUCAAGAUGGUGCGAAAGGCUGUAGAUUCGCGCAUUCCUACCCUAAUUCGAAAUGGCCUCGCCGAACACAAGCGCAGCUUCUUCAUCGUCGUCGGUGACCGGUCGAAAGAUGUCAUCGUCCAGCUGCACUACAUAAUGUCCCAGUCGGACUUGCGCCAGAACAAAUCCGUGCUCUGGGCUUACAAGAACAAGCUUCUCGGCUUUACCAGUCAUCGGAAGAAGCGAGAAGCCAAGAUUAAGAAGGAGAUCAAGCGCGGUAUACGAGAAGCCAAUUCCGAAGAUCCUUUCGAGCUCUUCGUCUCCCUACACGAUGUGAGAUAUGUGUACUAUAAGGAGACCGAUAAAAUUCUCGGUAGGACGUUUGGCAUGUGCAUUUUACAAGAUUUCGAGGCCCUUACCCCUAAUACUCUAGCUCGUACCAUCGAAACGGUCGAGGGAGGUGGCUUGGUCGUGCUAUUAUUAAAAGGAAUGGAUAGCUUAAGACAACUCUAUACCCUCUCGAUGGAUGUACAUUCCCGCUACAGGACCGAAGCCCACCACGAUGUUGUCGCACGAUUCAACGAACGAUUCUUAUUAUCUUUAGGUCGAUGCGAAUCCUGCCUUGUCAUUGACGAUGAGCUUAAUGUUCUGCCCAUAUCCGGCGGUAGAGGGGUGAAGCCGCUACCACCAAAAGAGGAGACCAAGUCCCCAGAGCAGAUAGAAUUAGAGCAAAUCAAGGAGUCUCUUCGAGAUACUCAGCCGAUAGGAUCUUUGGUCCAGCUUGCACGAACGAAAGACCAAGCAGAUGCUUUGGUUACAUUUGUUGAUGCUAUUGCUGCCAAGACGCUUCGCAAUACCGUCUCAUUAACCGCAGCCCGUGGUCGUGGUAAAUCAGCAGCUUUGGGCGUCGCCAUUGCUGCUGCUGUAUCUUACGGCUAUAGUAAUAUCUUUGUUACAUCUCCCUCUCCGGAAAAUUUGGGCACGUUAUUUGAAUUUGUAUUCAAAGCAUUUGACGCCCUGAACUACCAAGACCACACAGACUAUUCCAUCAUCCAGUCUACUAAUCCCGACUUCAAGAAGGCGAUUGUGAGAGUCAAUAUUUUCCGAAAUCACCGACAGACUAUACAAUAUAUCCGACCGCAAGAUGCCCAUGUCCUAGGCCAAGCAGAACUGGUUAUCAUUGAUGAAGCCGCUGCCAUCCCACUACCACUGGUGCGGAAGCUCUUGGGACCCUACACGGUAUUCAUGGCCUCCACAAUAAGUGGUUAUGAAGGUACCGGACGUUCUCUGUCAUUAAAAUUAAUAAAGCAGUUGAAGGAGCAGGCGGCAACCAGUGUGGCACAGGAUGGCGAAACCAGAAGUCCGAGGUCCUUGAAAGAAGUCACUCUUGCCGAACCGAUACGAUACGGAAAAGGCGAUGCAGUCGAGAAGUGGUUGAACGCACUUCUAUGCUUAGAUGUGACUCCUUCGAAACCGAAGAACAACAUAUUCCCAGAUCCUUCACAAUGCCAGCUAUUACACGUCAACCGCGAUACCCUUUUCUCUUUCCAUCCAGUACCAGAAAGAUUCCUUCGACAAAUGGUCGCCCUCUUCGUCACAAGUCACUACAAGAAUUCUCCGGAUGAUCUUCAACUUCUUAGCGACGCUCCAGCGCAUGAGCUUUUCGUUUUAACCUCGACAACAAUUCAAGAAAAUGGCUUACCUGAGCCCCUGUGUGUCAUUCAAAUAGCGCUAGAAGGAAAUAUCAGCAAGAAGAGCGUUAUGGCUGGUCUUGACCGAGGUCAGAGGCCUGCCGGAGACUUGAUUCCUUGGCUUGUCAGUCAGCAAUUCCAGGAUGAUUUUGCUUCCCUUUCCGGUGCUCGCAUAGUUCGAAUAGCAACCCACCCGGACUGUGUUUCGAUGGGAUACGGAUCGAAAGCGCUCGAGCUUCUUAUCGACUACUACGAAGGCAAAUUCAUAAACCUAGGAGAAGAUAACGAAGCCACAUCCAAGGGCAAGGAUACGGGUGACAGCAUGGUUAUAGACUCGACACAAAACGAGAGUGGCGGUCUUCUUAAUGAAGACAUCAAGGUUCGGGAUAUUGAGAAGAUGCAACCCUUGUUCUCAAGACUAGCAGAGCGCAAAGCAGAGGAUCUCGAAUAUGUCGGUGUAAGCUAUGGUUUAACUCAAGCGCUCCACAAGUUCUGGUCGCGCGCCCAGUUCAUACCAGUGUACUUGAGACAAACAGCUAAUGAUUUAACCGGCGAGCACACCUGCGUUAUGCUUAGGCCACUUAAGGAUGAAAAAGAGUGGCUCGGAGCUUUCGCUGCUGACUUCCACCGCCGUUUCCUGACUCUGCUCUCAUACAAAUUCAGUGAUUUCCCGUGUGUCCUCGCAUUGAGCAUAGAUCAGUCUGCCACAGCUGGUGCUCAGCUAGAUCCGACAAACCAGCUACCGGAGCUAACUAAACAAGAUCUAGAUAGAGUCUUCUCGCCUUUUGAUUGCAAGAGAUUGGAAUCAUACGCUAGGGGUGUGCUGGAUCACCAUGCCAUUCUGGACCUUGUGCCCAAGUUGGCAGAUCUCUACUUCACAGGUCCUCUAAAACCAAGUAUUAAGCUUACAGGUGUGCAGCGAGCCCUUCUGCUCGGCAUUGGCUUGCAGCGGAAGGAUGUAGGUGCCAUCUGCACAGAGCUAUCCUUGGAAUCAUCGCAGGGCUUGGCUAUGUUUAUGAAAAUCAUACGAAAAAUCACGUCACACUUCUCGACGCUAAUCUCUUCUGCUGUCGAAGCCGAUAUGCCGAAAUCGGAUGCGAUUGGCGUUAGCAGGGAGAACGCGUCCGGAGUGCACGACGACGAAAUAGUAGAUGACAAAUUUGCACCGCUUGAAACAACUCUGGACGACGAGCUGGAUGAGGCUGGGGAUGAAGCAUUGAAGGAAUUGCGGGCGAAGCAGAGAGAGCUUAUUGAUUCUCUCCCCCUUGAUCAGUACGAGAUUGAGGGCGACGCGCCCGGCUGGGAGGAAGCAGAGAAGCAAGUACUAAGGGCCACCCAGAAGGGCAAGGCAAACCCUGUGGUCAGCGUGAAGACGAAACAGUCGAAGAGGAAAGCCGGCAUGACGGCAGCAGAGGUGUACGAGGAAGCGUUUGGCGAAAAGAAGCACAAGAAAGCCAAGAAAUCCAAGAAGGGUACGACAGAUUGAGAAGUUGUUGAUGGUUAACGGCUUGACGGGGCAAAACAACUUUUGAUGUUUCGCGUGCUUGGGGCGGCAAGUUUGUAUGUGUGCCUAAUGUAUAUAUGUCAAUAUUAGAAGUGAUACCAAGUCCAUCUAUGUUUGGGGCAAUAGAGCCGCUCGUAUAUUCACUGCAUGAAGAUUGGUGCUCAAGCAGAAAUUGCACUUUAUAAAUAAGAUUGGUUCAAAUUACUUUAGGUACUCAGGU